GUUGGUAGUUAAGAUGUGUUAAAAGUAUGAGUGUGAGGGGGAUCAUGGUGGGGUCACUUAGGAGCUCCAGCUGCGGCCAACACCACCUGAAGGGGAUCAGGGCGCUGCUUCAGGAGCUUCUACUCGUCAGCUGGAAUGGCUGGUGAAGAUGGAUCAUCAGGACGUUCCUCGCCCUCCGAAGCUCAGGAAGCCAUUGAACACACUGGUAAUGUAACAAUAGAGAGACAUGUACCCAGGAUCAACUGCCCAGAACAUAUUAUUUUGGUCGUUGAUGUAUGCAAAGAAGAAGGAAAUACCCCUUAUAAGUUGGCUGAUGGAUCCAAAUUUUCAGCCCUGUAUAUGGUGAAACGUGCCCUGGCCCUCUUCCUUCAGAAUAAACAUGCCAUAGAUUCAAGGCAUAAGUUUGCCUUAGUAGUACUUCAUGAGUCGCCAAUAUGGCUUCAUGAUUUUACAAAUAACCCAAGAGAUAUAAUUUCUGAACUGGAUGAAUUGGAUGCUACUCUAUCUACAAGUCACUGUGACCUGAGUCUUGUGUUUGAUCUCAUCGCUCGACAGAUAUCUCUGCCCCAGUGCUCCAACCCAGCAGUUGCUCCUCCUCCAUGUGUAUAUAGAACUAUUUUCUUGUAUGGACGAUCACAUUGCCUGCCGCAGUUUCUCCAAGGAAAAGGUGUAUUUACACACCUCAUUCAGAGUCCACACUUCUUCCUUGAUAUUUUGUACAUUCAUGAAGCUCCUUCAGAUGAAAACAAAUGUGAGGGUAUAUUUGAUAUCCUCUGCGGCUUGGAUGAGAGCAGUUGGAGUUAUGUUUUGGAGGUGUCUCGUAAUGCAGCCAAGCUCCACAACCACUGUGGAAGUCUUCUGGCACAUCCACUUCAGAGACCUACACAGAAGGACCUCCAUUACAACCUUGGAGGCAUUGACUAGUGUAUUAGGAUAAUGUCUAUUAUGGGAAAUGCCUAAAACCUAGAAUAAGGAAAAUUCAUCAAAAUGGUGACUAAACUGCAAAAAAUUGUUGAACUGAAACAUGUACUGUAACAUGAAAGAAAAUUAAUUUUUCUAGAUACUUUCAGCAUUUCAUCGAAUUUCGUGUAAAGGUUAUGACCAAAUAUUUUUGUCAUAAUGAAAUGUUGGUAUGAUAGAGAUAGAGGAAGGCAUGAUGAGUGGUUGCAGUAAAAAUUAGAAAUGUUGAAUGUUACUGAAAUUCAGUGUUUACAUAAUAAGAUUACCAGAAAUUGUAAAGGAAAGGUUUUGUUUAAUAGAAACUGUUAAAGUAAUGUUAGAUUUGGCUAGUCUGAAAUGAAGCUAACUUGUAAACAGUAUAUUUUUGUAGCUUAUUGUGAGGCUGAGUAAUUUAAUUUCAGUAAGUUGUAUAUGAUUGGGAAUUGAGCAAGUAUGACAGGUUAAGUGUUAGUGGAAAUGAUAAUAAAACUCAAGUUUGCUACAAGUUUUAUCUCUUCACCACAAUAAACAACACAAUACAUAUUUAACAAGACAUAUACAUUAUAAGUCAAUUAACCUUUCAAUGUCAGUGUCAUAAUUUAAAUGGCUCAAGGGUAUAUUAUUAAGAUAACAUCCCUAAACAUAAACACGGAAAUUUAUUUGUGACCAACUGAUUCCCCUUGAUUAUUGGAAAUAUUAAUUUAUAAUUAUUACUCGAGAUGAGAAUACCGACUGGUGCGUUUCUAUUGUCAAUUCUCUCAAUAGCCUUAACAUAUAUAUUAGUGAAGACACGUAUGUUACAUACUACAGUCAUAUUAUGCUAUUAUGUUAUUCACAUUAAUCACUCACAGUUGCCAUAUAACAUUAUAGUAGAGAAUACUCUCAUGACCCAUGCCAUAGACAUGAAGGUACUGUAUAGAGAUAAACCACACAUCACAUGAGUUCACAAUCAUAGCAGUCCUCCAUCAGAGUAAAUAUACACCAUUCAUAUUAAGAAUCUAAGAACAGUACUUAACUAAAUCAUAACAACCAACUGUUAAGUUAAAGUUCAUUGUUUGAUACUGCCAAAGUAUGAAACCUAAGUACUGUCCUCUGGAGUUUUUUCAGCUUGUCUGGAUGAUUAGAAUUAAGCAGUGUUUUAUAUAAAUAUUAUUUUUUCACUUCAUUUAAAGAAUGAAUUAAUAUUGUAGCGAUGUAAAGGAUGACUUUAAUAAGCUAACCUGAAAAACAUUAUUCCAGAAGAAUAUAAUCUUCUUAGUUUGUAAUAUUAAUUUACCUCAACAUUACAGAGCUGGGGACAUGUAAUUACUGGACAGCAUAUCAGCCAGCAUGAUGUUAACAUUGUAGUGGGGGUUGUUUACAAGUGUUUGAGGUGAGACUACAAUACCACAUUACUUAACAACUUGUUAAUCAGGAGGACUCAUUGCUGUACUCCACUUCUUUCUUGUGAAUUUCUAACUUCUGUGAAACACACAAGUUGUUAACAUAUAUAUCACUACCUCACUAACAGUGAAGUGUCUUGGCAUGGACUUGACUGUGACUGUUACGUGAGAGUUUGUAAACAAGUGUAAUGUCAUAACUGUACUACCUUAAGAUAGAGCAUCAUGGGGUCAGUAUUAACAAAGGUAUGUACACUAAUGUAGGUUACUUGAACCCCAAAUCUCAACUUGAUUUACAUUUGUCAUAACCUUGCUUAUAUUUUGAUAAAUCAUCUAUGUAGAAUUAAAAUAUUACAAUCUCU